CUAAUUAGAGCUAAGGUUAAUCGUGUCCUCCCUCCUCUGCGGCGUUCCAUAUAGCAAAGUGAUCGUGUUAGGGUGCCACGCCCAGCAGUACAUAAAAACGUAACAUACCGGUACUGAUGAGUGGUGCUAUGGCAGUGAAAGAAAAUUCAGCUCCUUCGAAGGUUAACUCUGGUGGAAGCAUUCCUCCUGGUUCACUUCCUCGUUCAGUGAACUUUCUGUUAGGUGGCACUGCUGGGUGUGGGGCUGUGUUUGUUACUCAGCCUCUGGACUUGAUCAAGAAUCGUAUGCAACUCAGUGGUGAAGGUGGGGCAAAUCGUGUUCACAAAACAAGCUUCCAUGCUUUGGUUAGGAUAGUCAGAACUGAAGGAUUUUUUGCUCUUUAUAAUGGUUUGUCUGCUGGUUUAUUCCGCCAAGCUACCUACAGUACAACACGAUUAGGUGUUUACCAAUCUUUGUUCGAUCGAUUCUCCAGCUCUGAUGGAAGGCCUCCUGGUGUUUUAACAAAGAUUGCUUUUGGAAUGAUUGCUGGUGCAACAGGUGCGCUUAUCGGUACCCCAGCUGAGAUUUCAUUAAUCCGGAUGACAUCGGAUGGCAGGCUUCCUCCCAGUGAACAAAGGGGGUAUAAGAAUGUGUUUGAUGCCCUUGCUCGAAUCAGUCGAGAAGAAGGACUUGGAACUCUGUGGAGAGGCUGUGGACCAACUGUGCUGCGUGCAAUGGUUGUAAAUGCUGCUCAGCUUGCAACUUAUUCUCAAGCAAAACAGUUCUUGCUAACAACCUCUUACUUUGUCGACGAUAUUAAAUGUCACUUUGGAUCAAGUAUGAUAAGUGGAUUGGUCACUACUUUGGUAUCUAUGCCUGUGGACAUUGCUAAAACAAGAAUUCAAACCAUGAAGACUGUGGACGGAGUUCCUGAGUACAAUGGCAGCAUGGAUGUGUGGAAGCAGCUGGUUCGGAAGGAAGGAAUUUUUAGUCUCUGGAAGGGGUUCACACCAUAUUACGCCCGACUUGGCCCCCAUACAGUGCUUACUUUCAUUUUCUUAGAGCAAUUUAGGAGAUUAUAUUACGAUUACUAUGUGAGAAACAAGUAACUGCAAGCAAUAGAAGUUAAAACUUUGAUCACAAGUGUAAAUCAUUAAUAUUAAUUUAAAUGUUAUGUCAAUAAGCAAUAAUUUUUAUUUAUGUGUUA